GAUGUCCUGUUUAUAUGUCUACUGCCUGAAUAAAAGACGAAGAUUUUAGCUACCAAAAUCUGGGAUGACUGUGAGAUGAAGCAGGAUACCCUGCAGGUGAAAUGUCAAAUUGUGUGACUUAGCAAAAGCACAAGAUUUACUGGGCACAGAAGAAGAGAGAAGACUGACUCGGUGUGUUGUAUCCUCUGUAUCACCCAAGCUAAGGAACCUCAGAACUCAAUGGAGCUUGUCACAGUUAUCCUGUCCAUCAUUGUCAUCAUCUUCUUUAUCAGUGUUUUCAGCAAUCAAAAAGAAGAGAAAUACAAAAACAUACCCCCAGGGCCAAAACCUUUACCGAUUCUUGGAAACUUUCUCAUCUUGGACAUAGCAAAACCCCAUAAAACAUUUCUUCAGCUAUCUAAGCAGUAUGGCAGUGUCUUCCGUUUCAAGACGGGUAUAAAUGAAUUUGUUGUCUUAUGUGGUUUAGACACCAUUAAAGAGGCUCUGGUUGACAAUGCUGAAGUAUUCAAUGAUAAAUCCUCUACUGCUCUGUACUCUAAAUUAAUAAAAAAUCAUGGUGUUGUUUUUUCCAAUGGAGAUAAUUGGAAAGUGAUGAGAAGAUUUUCUCUCUCCACACUACGAGAUUUUGGAAUGGGCAAGAAAACUAUAGAAAACAGGAUCAAUGAGGAGGCCGAGUGUUUAAUACAGAAGUUGAAAUCAUAUAAAGGACAGCCCUUUGAUAAUCUGACCAGUAUAAAUGCUGCUGUAACCAAUAUAAUUGUGUCUAUAUUGCUCGGUAAAAGAUUUGACUAUGAGGAUCCAAUCAUACUGAGGCUCAUGGAAUUAGUUAAUGAGAAUAUAAGACUCCUAGGAAGUACAUGGAUCGCGCUAUGCAACAGUUUUCCGUUUCUAAUGAGAUGGCUGCCAGGAGCUCACAGAACAGUUGCUGGAAACCGUAGAGAGUUUCAGGACUUUAUAAGAGCGACAUUUACAAAAUAUAAAAAGAACCUGGAUGUAAAUGACCAGAGGAACCUCAUUGAUGCCUUCUUAGCAAAGCAACAAGAGGAAAAUGAAGAAUCCACUCAGUAUUACCACAAUGACAACCUGACUGUGCUAGUGGGAGAUCUGUUUGGUGCUGGAAUAGAGACCACGUCAGCCACAUUGAGAUGGGGUCUUCUACUAAUGAUAAAAUAUCCGGAAAUACAAAAAAAAGUGCAAAAUGAAAUUGAUAAAGUGAUUGGAACAGCUCAACCUCUAAUGGAACACAAGAAAAAGAUGCCAUAUGUAAACGCUGUCAUUCAGGAAUUUCAGCGCUUUGGGGAUGUUUUGUCUAAAGUUACACCACGUGUAGCUUCUCGAGAUACUACACUCAAAGGCUAUUUCAUUCCAAAGGGAACUCGAAUCAUCCCGGUGCUGCAUUCUAUACACAAAGACAAAGAAUACUUUGAGAAACCACAUGAGUUUUAUCCAGAGCACUUUCUUGACUCACAAGGAAAUUUCAAAAUGAGUGAAACCUUUAUACCGUUCUCAACAGGCAAAAGAAGUUGCCCUGGCGAAAACUUGGUUAAAAUGGAGCUAUUUCUUUUUUUCACAUCAAUUUUGCAAAAUUUCACACUCAAGGCCUCACCAGGAGCUAAACUAGACCUUACACCUGCAUUAGGGACUACAAAUUCCCCCAGACCUUUUGAAAUAUGUGCCAUAUCUCGCAACUAGUCCAUAAGAUCUGUUGAUUCUUGAAUGAAAAAUGUUGUUCAUUUUUUU